AUUAAUUGCUCAGAUUUUGAUUUUAGUUUUUCCAAAUUUACUGAAUGAACAAGAUCGACUAUGCAUGAUAGUUGUCAAUCUAUUGGCAUAGUUUUUAACAUACGUUAGUUUUAUUUUGAUUCAUUUCUGUACACGAUUUCUACCGCACUUGUCUAUGUUACAUUUACUCGUAAACAACUGAUAAAAUGGGUGAAUUAGAAGAGGUUAUCGCAGAUUUGCGAGCUGUUCUAAUUUCCAGAAAGGAGCCUGCCACCGUUCACCUACUAAACAGAGAUUACAAAGAGUUGCAUGGUACGGAUGUGCCCUAUAGAAAGUUUAACUUUACGAACUUAGAACAGUUUUUAAGGAGUGAUCCUACCUUUUUAUUUAAUACAAAGGGAAAGGAUGUGUACGUGUCUGUUGUGCCUAAAAAAGAAUCACGGCAUAUAAGUGAAAUGAUAGCUAAACAAAAAAGCAAUAAGAAGAAGUCACAUGCUGUUCGACAGCCCAGGGCUCUUAAUACAAAUCCAAUGAUAAACGUACAAGCAAAAUCACCAGGUAGAAAUUAUUCCGCCAAUAUGAGGAUGAACAGAACUUCCAGAUCUGCUCAAUUAUUUUAUAAAAAGAGCCCUGCGUCAGCACGUUUUAAGCCAAGACAAUCAAGUUAUAAUUCACCGGAACAAAAUAUAAUUCAACACGGUUUGCAGAAUCAGCCUCAACCCUCAAUGCAAUCGAUAAUUUCACAAUCACAACAUCAAGCUCUACCAAAAUCGAACCCACCGCGACAUACAAUGAAAAUAAUACAAUCUCAUCUGCAACCGCAAGUAAAACAAUCAAUGCCCAGUCAAAUGAUGAAGGAAAAUACUGCAUCAAAUACACCAAAUAUACAAGUUGCAUCAAAGAAUUAUCAAUCAAAUAAACAGGCUACACAGAGAAACCUUCCUUCUUCUAAAACCAAUUUACCUCCAACUAAAUCUGAAGUAUUAGAUAAGUUGCUUGAAUGCAAACAAAUACGAAUGCCAAAAGCUGCUCCGAAUCAGAAAGAAAAUACAGUAGCUACAGCACAAAAUAAAACAUCGGAUAACAAACAUUCUGAUAAUCCCUUGCAAGAGAAUAAACGCAGUAUUUUGAAUUUGGAACCUGUUCCUAAAAUAACAAGAAAUGUUAGCCUUUCAAGCGCGAAUGGCAAUGAAAACAUACAGGUGACAAUGUGCACUAACGGUAAUAUGUUGCCUACUUUCAGUGCGCAGGAUAGACUCAGCAGGAUAAGGCAGAUGCAAAAUCAGAAUAAAGUUCAAUCCACAACUGCAUCCACUUCAGACAACAAUUUGGUUGAGAAAUAUCCACCCUUACCUAUGGGAAAAGUUUCACAACAAUCAAGGUUAUUAAAAUAUAAAAAUCCGGAAGCAGUUACUAAAAUAGACGUUUGUGAAAACAAACAGUCAUCACAACCUGAUGAAGUAGUUAAUUCAGACGAUUCAGACUUUGAUAAAAAUUUAAAUUAUGAGGAACUUUUGAUGGAUUACUGUAAUGAAAAAAAUAUAGCUCUACCGAAUAUUAAAAUUUUGCAACACAAAAUUCAUAAGGAUUAUAGAUCAGACCGCCCUAGUGAAAUUUAUGGAUGUAAUGUCAAAAUUGGAGAUCAAUACUGUUUUGGAAGUUAUUCUUAUUCAUUUAACAACCCUGAGGAUGCUUCUCGGGAUGCAUGCAGAAAAGCUCUUCAUGCUUUAACGAAAAUAUAUGGAUCAUUAGAAGAACGAGAUUUACCAGUGACUGAAGGCACAUUAAUACCAAAUAGGUUUUUAAAACUGAUUGCAGGUCAUAGUAAUGGCAAAUUUGUUCAUCAAUUACCUGGAGAAUAUCGUGAAGAGUACCGUGAAAAUUUGCCCGAAGACUGGUUAGAUUUUGUAAAAAUGUCACAUAUAUUUCAAAUUGAGGAUUCAGUAGCUGGAAGUCAAAUAAUAAGCCUCAGAACACAAGAUGAAUUGACUGAAUGUAAGAAAGAUGAUGGCGAUUUUGCUGAUCUUCCACCUAUUGUUUUGCCUGAAAGAGAUUCUUAUUGGAAUGUAUACAUUACUACGCUGUGCUCAACAAUUGAAGUAUGGUGUCGAAUUAUAGGACCACAGUAUGCGACUUUAUUUGACGAAUUGAGCUCAUACAUGGAAAAAGAACUAGCAACCAAAAAAACACAAGCAGAAGCAGUAUCUGUUGGAGGAUAUUAUGCUGUAUGCACUUCAGAAUCUUGGUAUAGAAUUCAAGUACUUGAAAUUCAAGAUAAUAAAGCCUUAUGCUUUUACAUUGAUACUGGGGAAGAAGACUGGCACCUGAAAAGUGAUAUAUUCACUUUAGACCCAAAAUACAGAUAUGUUCCUGCACAGGCAGUUUUAUUACAACUAGCUGACUUGGAAGAUUAUGCCGAAAAUAAAAAUGUCUUGAAAUAUCUUAAUGAGUACAUUCUAUACAAAAGUUUGGUUGCUGAAGUUCUGGCAGAUGAAAAUGCAGAAGAUCAAAUACUUCUGUUGUAUUAUUUGAUACAUCUACAGAAGAAGAUGUGAAUCUAAAUGAUUUAAUAAGAAAAAAAAUGAAAGAGGAAGAAAAGGCUCCUAGACUAAAUGAGAAAGGAAGAAUUAAUGAUAAAAUCCAUGUGUCGCACAUUUGCAACAACGGUGAUAUUUACAUUCAGAUCAGAAAUGACACAUUUAAAUAUUUACACUCUCAAAUCCAAUUCAUUACUGAUAUUGGGUUUUCCAACGCUGAC